AUCCUCCCGCGGACCAGAUUCUACACAUUUCCAGACUACAUUGAAAAGACCACGUUCGGCAUCAGCUGCGACGCUUUCGCCAAUUUCAAAGAGUGCCUCACCAAGCACAAACCGAUGGUGGCGGAAUACCUGGAGCGGAAUUACGACAAGUUCUUCGCCAUGUACACCGGCCUCCUGCAAUCGCCUAACUACGUGACGAAGCGGCAAUCUCUCAAGCUACUCGGCGAGAUCCUCCUCGACCGGACCAACUUCAACGUCAUGACGCGCUACAUUUCCAGCGAGGAUAACCUCAAGCUGAUGAUGAACCUGCUCAAGGACAAGAGCAAGAACAUUCAAUUCGAGGCGUUCCACGUUUUCAAGGUCUUCGUCGCUAACCCGAAGAAACCGCCUGUGGUGGAGAACAUCUUGCGCAGGAACCGUGAGCGCCUCGUCACCUUCCUAUCCAAUUUCCACAACGACAAGGAGGAUGAGCAGUUCGUCGAUGAGAAGCAGUACGUCCUUCAGAUCAUCGAGUCG